AUGUCUGGAAAUGGAACGAUGUCCGGAAAUGGGACCAUGUCAGGACAGAGUGGAAACGGGACCACCGGAGGUUGGAAUGGAACCAUGCCGACUGGGAACGGGACCAUGUCUGGAAAUGGAACGAUGUCCGGAAAUGGGACCAUGUCAGGACAGAGUGGAAACGGAACGAUGUCUGGAAAUGGAACAAUGACAGGACAAGGUGGAAAUGGAACCAUGCCAGGUGGUCGUAAUGGGACGAUGACAGGAGGUGGCGGAAACGGAACUAUGGUAGGAGGAGGAGGAAACCGAACCGUUGAAUCUAGAAGAUCCGGUGCCGUUGGACAGUUUCCCAAUCCU